CUCUCAACCUUGCUCGGUAUUCCCAUUCUUAGAUCAUAUAUCUCUUUCACGCAUUUUCACAAACACUUUAGUAAUUUGAAACGUUUCUCACAGUAAACAUGGCCAGACAACAACAGCGAUAUCGAGGUGUUCGUCAGAGGCAUUGGGGCUCCUGGGUCUCUGAGAUUCGCCACCCACUAUUGAAAACUAGAAUUUGGCUAGGCACGUUCGAGACCGCCGAGGAUGCGGCCCGUGCCUACGACGAAGCUGCGAGGCUCAUGUGCGGGCAAAGGGCGAGAACCAAUUUUCCUUACAACCCCAAUGCGCCUCAGUCUUCUUCCUCGAAGCUUCUCUCUGCAACUUUGACAGCAAAAUUACAUCGUUGCCACUUGGCAUCUCUCCAAAUCAACAAUUCUGUCGUGAAAGAGCCUCCAAGAGCUCCCUCUUCCGUGGUCAUGCCUCGUGAUGCCAAUGCCCAAGAUUCCAAAAUCACAAUGGGUGUAUGGUCACCAGAGCAGAAACCUGCUGUGGAAAAGACGCAGACGAAUUGGGUCGUGAAGAAAACUCAAAUGGAGAGUACCCAGCAAUUCAAACCACUUGAAGAUGAUCAUAUUGAGCAGAUGAUUGAGGAGUUGCUUGAUUAUGGGUCUGUCGAGCUCUGCUCUGUUCUUCCUUCUCAGGCUCUGUAAUGUAGCCUUUUGCCAAACCCAUCGUAUUUUCUCUCCCAUCUCCUCUGCUAAUGUAACACAUUUUUCUCUUUUAACCGUUCAGAGCAAGUUGCCUCUCCUGAAGCAUCUCUAGCUGGUAUCUAGUAUACGUCCAGCCUUCUAGGUUCUUGGUCCAAGUCAAUUAUCAGUUAUUGAUCUUAUGAUGGUAGUAGAAUGUACAGUAAGAGAAUCAAUAUAUAUUAAGAUGCUUAAGCUUUAGUUAUUCCAAA